AGAAAAUUCCCGAGGGAAUCCGCAAGAUUUAACAGGUGCGUGACACGUCGUACGUAAAACAGUCAUGUUCAACAUGUCUGUCUUGCGAGUUGUGUUAGUCUUGGGUGUCAUAACCCAUAGUAUAUUUGCAACAGACGAGGAGCCAAAAGAGUUUUAUAGGGCAGUCGUCGAGAGCUGUGGUGGAUGACGUUUGAACAGAUUACCAGAGGUGAAGAAGUUCAUUUAUGAAGAUCUCCCUCUGUUUCAUAAUGUAGAAUUUAAGAAGGUUGGUGGUGCCCCUCCUGAAUUGAUACUUUAUGGUAAAGAAGACAAUGAGAUUGAGAGAAUAAAUUUAGAGCAUAAAAACAGAGGGGAAUGUAAUGGGUUGUUGCAGAGGAGGGGAUUUUAUAAGAAAUCAGAAGCAAGUGAAGAAGUCCCAGAGGAGUUUAAGGAAGGUCCCUACAUUAAAAAGGAAGAGCUCUAAUUUAGUUCCAUUUUAAACUGUCUUGAAUUCAUGUUGCUUAUUUACCUUUGAUAUUUGUUUAAAUUUUUAAAAACUGCAUGAUUUGAAAUGCUCUAAGUUUUAAUUGGUAUGAUUAUGAUGAUAUAAUGACGUUAACAUUAUUUUAACCUGAAGUAAAUACAAUAUUUAGUGCUCUUUUUUUAUAUACUACUGCAAUUUUUGCAAUAAAGGUCCCAAACCAAAACUGAUCUAUUUUCAAAGAUAUUUUUUUUGUCUUUAAAUACAUUACAUAACCCAGUGAUAUGUAUGUCUUGGUUUGAAAGUUUGAAGAUGUUAUAUUUGUUAGAGAAUUGGAGCUUAAGUCCAUAUCUUUUUUGAACUCUGAACACAGAUUCAGUUUUAAUGAUGUCAGUGUCCAAAAGUUACAGGUCACUAACGGAAGUCCCAACUGUCUGUGUUUAAAAGUUUGUUUUUGAUCUGGAUUUAUGAGUAUGCAAUAAAUAUGUCUGUAUCUUUU